AUGCUUGAGCGUAUUGUUGUUACCGAGCCCUUCUUGAGAGUCGGCUGCCAACUGGGCGAAAGUCCCAUUUUUUAUCACAGCACGUCCACCCUUCACUUCAUAGACAUUAUCCAGAAGAAGGUCUUCCACCUCGACACGACAACCCAUUCACUCACCAGUGACACGUUCCCAGAAGCUGUGACGGGCCUUGCUCUUUGCCGAGGUGGCGGCCUCGCCUGCACUGUCGAGUCGGGCUUUGCAGUGAUUGAAUGUGGCAAACUGAAGCAUCUGGCUCAGCCCAUACGGCCGGAGAACAGACCGUACUCCCGCUUCAACGACGGCGCGUGCGAUAGCAGAGGACGCUUCUUUGCUGGCACCAUGUUUUCUCCUGAGCACAAUAUACCAGGCUUGCUCUACCGGUAUGACCCGAGAGAUAAUUCCUGUGUUGUUGUUGACGAAGGGUUCACGCACUCGAACGGCAUCGGCUGGACUGCCGAUGAACAUAUCUUAUUUUUCACCUGCUCAUUGACCAAUGUCAUCUAUGCUUACGACUAUGACGAGGGAACCAUCUCGAAUAAGCGGAUUUUUAGUGACACUUCUGUCGACAGCGCCUGGAAGGCAUCCAAGCCGGAUGGGCUAUGCAUGGAUGAUGAGGGUUGCAUCUGGAGCGCUAGGUGGGAUGGUUCCGCAGUCGUCCGUCUUGAUAAGAAUGGGAAGGUCAAUUUGGUAAUUGACAUACCGUCCGUUCUGCGCGUGACCGCUUGCUGUUUCGGCGGUCCCAAUAGUGACAAAUUGUACAUCACAACCGCAAGUGCAGAAAUAUACGGAGGAGACUCAGAACAGCAGAGAAAAUAUCCUGACUCAGGGCAUUUAUUCAUGUACGAUUUCGCAGGACGCUUCAAGGGGGUCAUGAAGCAUGGCAACGCCUUCCGCAAGUUGUCGAGGGACUCUUCACACAGGGACCUCAUGCUGAGGAACCUCGUCACCGACCUCUUCAAGCAUGAGCAGAUUAAAACCACGGUCGCCAAAGCGAAGGAAACUGCUCGCCUCGCCGAGAAGAUGAUCACACUGGGCAAGAAGGGCGAUGUACUGGCGUACCAGCGCGCGCGCUCCUUCCUCUUGAACACGGCCGUGGCACGCAAGGUCUUCACCGACUUUGCACCUCGCUACAGGACCAGGCCCGGCGGAUACACCCGUAUUCACAAGUUCGGUAACCGUCCAGGCGACAAUGCGCCGCACGCGAUCAUCGAGCUCGUGGACAACCCGCGUGACCUCAAGUUUGAGAUGACGGCGCGUGCAGUGGGCUGGGAUUUGCUCGCAAAGAAGGUUCGACAGUCGAGCAUGGAGGAGGUCGCGGCGAACGGCGUAAAAGGCGUCUCGUGGGCCGUGAAGGAGGGCAGGCGGCAGGGUCUCGACGGCCCGGCCUUACUCCGACCUCUGACGAGGUGGAACCUGCAAAAGACGCUCAGGUAUCGGGCGCCAGCAGACCGCGUGGAACUUGAGAAAAAGGCGGCCGACCACAUCAAUACUCUGCUGGCAAAGGAGGUGCACGCAAACGCUAGAGCGCCCGCAACAUCAAAUCCUGAGGCCCAUGAGUACUUCCUCAACAUGAAGAACCUGCGCUUGCGGUCGGGCGAAGUCACGCCUGGCUCGGGAAAGACAAGUGCUCUUCGUAAGGCGCAGGGCGCUCUUGCAAAGUAUCCCGGACGCAAGUUCUCGCUCCUGCGCAAGAAACCCGGAUUGGACUCGGGCACCAUGACCAGCGCACUAGCGGUCUCAUAG